AUGCCGAGAGAUUGUUUGGAAGAUCUGUACCCGGAGGAGAUUGAGGCUCACCUAAAUCCGUUUGAGCUCUUCAGAGCCUUUGCCGACUAUUAUGACACUGCUCUCCGCCUCCGGUCUCGAUAUCAACACAUGAUCGAGCUCCCCAUCGGCUUUGAAGUUGACUACAUCAGAGAAUCCUCAAUCACCCUUAUCAAUCAUCUUCAGAACCUUUACAAAUUUGACUUCUUUAUCGGCUCGGUUCAUCAUGUGAAUACUAUCCCGAUUGACUUCGAUAAGCCCAUGUAUCAGAGGGCCAUCGAGGCAGCUGGAGGAACCGAGAGAGAUCUAUUUGAGGCAUAUUUUGAUGCACAGUAUGAGAUGCUGAAGGCACUCAAGCCCGCGGUGAUCGGUCACUUUGAUCUUAUCAGAUUGUUCUGUAGCGAUCCAGAUAAGAAAUUGGCCGAUUACGGCGGAGAUGUUGUGAGGAAAGUUGAGAGGAACGUGGACUUUAUCUGUAGCUACGGUGGAAUUACAGAGUUGAAUUCGUCAAGCAUCAGAAAAGGUUGGAAAGAGCCAUAUCCUAAGAAAGAUGUGUGCGAGAUCAUCAUUGCCAAAGGUGGAAGAUUCACCUUUUCGGAUGACAGCCACGCCGUGGAUCAAGUCGGGUUAAACUAUCACCGGGUCCUAGACUAUGUCGAAGACAUUGGAUUGACAGAGGUGCAUUAUUUGAUGAAACUCCCCAUGGGUCAGACUCGCAUCAACGUGCUGGAUGCCUGCGUUGUGAAAACUCUCACACUAGAAGAGCUGAAAGGACACCAGUUUUGGCAGUCAUGA